CUUUUAAUUAACGAUCAUUAGCUUAUGAUUUAGUCUUGAUGCUUUUCAAAGGUUUGCUCAGGUUUUUCAUUUUAAUCUCACAUGAUACUUACAUGCACUAGAAAAUGGUUACUGGUUAGUUAUCUUAAUGAUGUUCUCGUCACGUUGCUGUCCGUACCUGAAUCACUAACGAUGUACAUCUUUGGUAGCAUUUUCUUUUUCUGGGUCUCCUCAGGCAGUCCUCUGCCUCCCCCACCCCUCCCCUCAGCAUGUGGUAACUAUUUGUUCUUUGGCUUUUAGGAUCUAGGCAUUUGGGAAGGCCUGAAAUUUUAGAACAUCUGGUGAAUUUUUCUUAAAAGUUAGUUGAGUCUUUCAUUAGCUAAUAGCUGGGAGCCAGAAGGGUCUGUUUUCCGUCACACCGAUUAUCAAAUUGGUCUUUCUUUGAUUGUCAGCAGGCAUCUUGGUCCCUACUCAAAACUUCACUCUCCGUUAAGAGUCUGGGUCCCUUCAGCCAAGUGAUGUUACAUAGGGCUUUGCUGGUAGCUUAUUUUUCUGAAGAAUAGUGUGAACUGUAUUUCUCAAUUGCUCUCCAGUUGGAGGGUCAUUGUUUAUCUCUUCUCAAAAUAACUACUUAUUUCUCAGGUCUUGGUUAUAUCCAGCUCCAAACACUGCCGAACGAAUUUGUGUGUGUGUGUGUGUGCUACUGGAAGAUUCAGGGCUGUUGGUGGUGUAAACAGGCGUGAGUUGUGCAUUUGGGAGGGUUUUUUUUUUCCUAAUAGGCGUGGAACUCUUCCCAGUAUAUCCACUUACAGGCUCUGACAAUAAAUCUUGUCAAAAGUUACAGUGACUGGAAUUUUUCUCUGAUGUAUACUGUUGUGUACAUGAAUAUAGUAUUUCACGUAGGGCUUAGUGGAUUCUUACUGCACUUAGGGAUGGCUGUGUGCUCUUUUAAAAUUCGUCAUACCUGUUACUUGCAGUCUGGCGUGGAUGGAAUUCAGUUUGAUUUGGGGACCAUAUAGAAAGCAUGUGGAAUCCAAGCAUUUUGUGCGACAUCUGUUUCAAGCUUUGCUUUGUAGACACGUUUUAUACAUAGUGUCACAAGACUUAACACUACUUUCAUACGAUGGUAUCUUUACACAGCUGGGAUGAAACCCUGUUUAAUAGUUUAAAAUUUCGAGUAUAUCCAUAUAAGACUAAUACAUGAUUUUAAAAAGUGGGCUUUAGGGGCAUCUGGGUGGCUUAGUUGGUUAAGGGUCUGACUUCAGCUCAGGUCGUGAUCUCUGGGUUCGUGGGUUCGAGCCCCGUGUCGGGCUCUGUGCUGACAGCUCAGAGCCUGGAGCCCGCUUCGGAUUCUGUGUUUCCCUUCUGUCUCUGCCCCUCCUCCACUCACUCCCUGUCUUUCUCUCUCAAAAAAAAAUAAACAGUAAAAAAAAAAUUUUUAAAGUGGGCUUUGUUUUGCAUACUAGUUCCUAAUAGUUUUGGCUGAGGUUCCGCUGCCUUGUGUGUGUUGUUUUGCCAUGAAUCACAAUUUCCUUUUAUUCAGUGAAAGAUAGCUGAGGUAAGCCUGUGGGUACUACCAGCUCCCAGCAAAUUGAGGGCACCAAGAAGAAAGUGAACCAUGAGACUGGGGAACAUAAUAUUCAAAAUAGUUUGAUGUUUGAAGUGACUUUCUUUCUUAAAAUGGUAUCUUUUUUAUUGAAGGAAAUGCUUUUUUAAUAUAAACCUGAGUCACUUUUCUAGAAAUAGCUGAAACACAUGUAUAAAUAGUGGGCAGAAGUGUUUUUUUUUUAUAUAUAAAUAGGAAGAGAUGUUUCAAAGAACUAGCCCAAGUCUGUAAUUUGAAAACAUAGAGCAUUUGAAAAAGUGAAACUUUCCCUUGAGUGUUGCUUUUUUUCACAUCCUGUAGCUAGUUGUGUUUACUGGUAUCUUUAUCAACAUGUAUCAGCAAAGGCAGUAUUUUGGCUUACAGAUUUAGGAAGUAAACUUGGGCUUUUUAAAAAAUUUUUCUUUUACAUUUAUUUAUUUUUGAGAGACAGAGAGAGACAGAGUGUGAGCAGGGGAGGGGCAGAGAGAGAGGGAGACACAGAAUCCGAAGCAGGCUCCAGGCUCUGAGCUGUCAUCACAGAGCCCGACGCGGGGCUCGAACACAUGAACCGUGAGAUCAUGACCUGAGCCUAAGUCGGACGCUUAACCGACUGAGCCACCCAAGGUGCCCCUAAACUUGGGCUUUUUAAAUGACCUGUGUUCCCAGCAUUUAUUGGUAUUUUAACGAACGCAUAACUUUUUCAUAUGCCCACAAGUGUAUUUUAUGGGCCUUAUUUGGACAGAAGAGUGACCUUUAGGGGAGCCUUUCACUGUGGUUGGAAGCUAAGGAAGUGCUUUUGGGUGAAACAGUAGCCACACGGCCUGUGAGAGCAACAUGAGAGUAGAGGGUGCACUCUACACGCAAAAUGCCACAAAGGCGGUGCAUUGACUUUUAUGAUGAAUUGUGUCUCCCCUGACCUAGCUUCCUUUUCACCUUCCUCACUGGCCCUUCAAAGCAUGCGAUGAUAGUUAUUUUGAAAUUAGAAAAGGGAGGAGAACCAUUAACAAAAUGAAAAGGCAACCUACUGAAUGGGAGAAAAUAUUUGCCCAUCACGUAUGUAUCUGAUAGAGGUUAAUAUCCAAAAUCUGUAAAGAACUCCUCCAACGCAGUAGCAAAAUACCAAUCUGAUUUACAAAUGGGCAGAGGAUCUGAAUAGACGUUUUUUCCAAAGAAAACCUAGAGAUGGCCAACAGGUGCAUGAAAAGAUGCUCAAGGUCAUUAAGCAUCAAGGAAAUGCAAAUCAAGACCACAAUGAGGUCUCACCUCAUGCGAGUUAGAACGACUGUCUUCAAAAAGAUAAGAGAUAGCGGGCGUUGGCGAGGAUGUGGAAAAAAGGGCACCCUUGUGUGCUAUGGGUGGGAAUGCAAACUGGUGCAGCCACUCUGGAAAAGUGUGGAGGUUCCUCAAAAAAUUAAAAAUAGAACUACCCUAUGCUCCGGCAAUUCUGCUUCUGGGUAUUUAUCUCAAAAUAAAAACACUGAUUCAAAAAGAUACCUGCACCCCCAGGCCCCUGUGUUUAUCGCAGCAUUAUUUACAAUAGCUAAGAUAUGGAAACAACAUCAGUGUCCAUUGAUGGAUAAAUGGAUGAAGAAAUAGUGAUACCUAUAUUAUCCAGCUGCACAAAAGAAGGAGAUCUUGCCAUUUGCAAACCAUGGAUCAUGCUAAGUGACGUAAGUCAGACAGAGGAAGACAAAUACUAUCUGAUCUCACUUAUAUGUGGAAUCUAAACAAAAAACGAAAACAACACACAAGCUCACAGGUACAGAAAACAGAUCGGCGGUUGCCAGAGGCGGGAAGUGGGAGGUGGGCAGAAUGACUGAAGGGCUCAAAAGGUACAACCUUCCAGUUAUAAAAUAAAUAAGUCAUGGGGAUUUUUUUUUGUAAUGUAUGGCAUGGUGACGAUAGUUAAAAUCCUGUGUUGCAUAUUUGAAAGUUGCUAAGGGAGUAAAUCUUAAAAGUUCUCAUCAUAGGAAAAAAAGAAAACCAUUUUGUGGCUACACAUGGCAGUGGAUGUUAACCAGGCUUAAUGUGGUGAUCAUUCCGCAAUAUAUACAAAUAUCACAUCCGUAUGUUGUAUACGUGAAACUAAUAUAACAAUAUGUCAGUUAUACACACAUACCUACGAAGUAAAUGCUUACAGACUUUUGUCCAACCUAUGAUUUAAAUGUAGUUUACCGGAAAGAAUUUUAAGAGUGAGGUACCGUGAGUGGUAGCACUUUUUUCCCUUAUGCCAGGAAUUAGAACUUUAGUGAAAAGCCUAUACAAAUAACCCUUCAUCACUCAUAUAUGCCACUCUAUCUGAACCUCUGCUGGUUGUUUUGCAGUGAAUAAAAUAUUUCUUCAAAAAAAAAAAAAAACAAGCAAAGUUUUCUAUAAAAGACUAGAUCUCUGGCCAGGGGAGUAAGUGCUGUCUCCCAGACUGGGCACCCGCUGCCAGGUGACGGGGAGUGCUGGCAGAAUUACAGAGUCCUGUGUGUUCUGUACCCCAAAUCUCUCCUCUAGCCAUUCAUUCUUACUUGCUUCUCCCUUGUUUCACUCUUGGUCCUUCCUCACCUGGACUGCUUUUGCAACAGCCACUCCACUGGUUUCCCUGCUUCUGGUCUGGUCUUGCCCCUCACUGAUUCCUCCCCCUCAUUGCCACCGGAUUGGUCGUUCUUUUUUUUUCUUUAAGUUUAUUUCAUUUUGAGAGAGAGAGAGAGCGUAAGAGGGGCAGAGAGAGAGAGAGAGAGAGAGAACGAGAGAGAGAACCCCAGGCAGGCUCCACGAUGUCAGUACAGAGGCGAACUCCGGGCUCAAACUCACGGACCCUGAGCUCAUGACCUGAGCUGAAAUCAAGAGUCGGAUGCUCAGCCAACUGAGCCAUCCAGGUGCCCCUAAAUCGGUCAUUCUUAAAAGUAAAAUAAAGUCACCCCCCUCCUAAAAUCCUUCAGUGGUUCCCCCAGUACAUUUCAGAGUAAAAGCCAGACUCCUCCAAGGCUUCCAUGACCCUAGCUCACCUUCUCAACUGUGUCUUUCCACUCCUUUCCCUUCUCCUGGACCUCAGCCUCCGGCCACAGCGAGAAGGCUGUCUUCCCCAGACUUACUAUGCCUCUUGCUUCUGUGCCAUCGCAUAUGUUGUUCCCUGUGCCGGGGACACACUUGUUGACCUGACGUGCCUCAACUCUUGAUCCUACAUUCUCAAAAGUCAUUCUGCCCCUCUGCCCCACCCAUACUCCCAGCAGUGUGACAACUCCCACUGUGAUCCCCUGACACUGUCCAGACCUUCACUAUAGCAAUUAGUGUGUCAUGUGGUUUUUCCCGGUGUUCAUGUUGGCCUCCCUAAUGUGAGUUCUUUCAAGGGCACAUACUUGAACUUCUAUCUGAACCCUGAGCACUUAAGGGAGUGCCUAGAUUUUAGCAGGUACUCAGUAAAUAGACAAAAAGUAAUGUAGCAGAAUUGUAUUUUUUACAAGACCAAUGUAUAUGCAUCCCCUUUCUUUGUUGAAGUAUAACUGAUAUACUAAAACACAGCAAUCUUAACAACUCAAUGCAUUUUUACACCUUUAUACGUUCAUGUAACCUCCACCCCAGACCAAGAUAUAGAACAUUUCCGUCAACUCAGAAAAUGCUUCUUCCUGUGAUCCCUUCCUUCCUGCAGGUAACUGUUGGUCUGACCUUUGUCACCACUGUGGUGAUAUGAUCAAAAUGGUGUUUCCUGAAGAGAAGUCUGCCAGUGGAUUGCUACUGUAGCAGUCUAGCUGUUCAUUUGCCAUAUGUUCACUGAGCACCCUCUCUGGACCAGGUCUGUUACAGGGGCCUAUGACAUAGGCCAGAAAGUCCUGGCCCAGGGGGAGACCAGCAGAGUAAAAGACGCAGUCCUAGUCAUCAAAGUUCUUGAGAAUGGACAUUGGAAAAAGGUGACUGGAAAAAGUGGAUUCAGGCUGGUUGGAAGGAAAAUCACGCAACAUUCAUGAGUGAACUAAAAAAUCUUCAGGCUUCUGGACUGACUACUCUUGGUCAGGCUCUAAGAUCCUCAUUUGAUUUGUUAAAUCUCAAUAGAUUAAUAUCUGGAAUAGACAAUUAUGGACAGGGGAGAAAUCCAUUUUUUUUAGAACCAUCUAUUUUAAUUACCAUCACAGAUGGAAACAAGUUAACAAGUACUGCUGGUGUUCAGGAAGAGCUUCAUCUUCCUUUGAAUUCUCCUCUGCCUGGAAGUGAACUAACCAAAGAACCUUUUCGUUGGGAUCAAAGGUUAUUUGCCCUGGUGUUGCGUUUGCCUGGACUGGCUUCUACGGAACCAGAGCAUCUAGGGAGUGUACCAACUGAUGAGUCUGCCAUCACACAGAUGUGUGAAGUCACAGGAGGUCGCUCCUACUGUGUUAGAACACAAAGAAUGUUGAAUCAGUGUUUAGAAUCUCUAGUUCAGAAAAUUCAGAGUGGUGUAGUUAUUAACUUUGAAAAAACGGGACCAGAUCCACUUCCUGUUGGAGAAGAUGGACUUACGGAUUCAUCCAGGCCAAGCAAUUCAUUUGCUGCUCAACCCUGGCAUAGUUGCCAUAAGCUGAUUUAUGUACGGCCUAACUCUAAAACUGGUGUUCCUGUUGGACAUUGGCCAAUUCCAGAAUCUUUUUGGCCAGAUCAGAAUUUACCUUCACUACCUCCACGAACAUCUCAUCCUGUUGUGAGGUUCUCCUGUGUAGAUUGUGAGCCAAUGGUAAUAGACAAACUUCCUUUUGACAAAUAUGAACUUGAACCUUCACCCUUAACUCAGUACAUCCUGGAACGAAAGUCUCCCCAUACCUGCUGGCAGGUAUUUGUUACCAGCAGUGGAAAAUACAAUGAACUUGGUUAUCCAUUUGGUUAUUUAAAAGCCAGUACGACUUUAACUUGUGUAAACCUCUUUGUGAUGCCGUACAACUACCCAGUUUUACUCCCUCUUUUAGAUGACUUGUUUAAAGUUCACAAGCUUAAGCCAAAUCUGAAGUGGCGACAGGCUUUUGACAGCUACUUAAAAACUCUGCCUCCAUACUACUUAUUACCAUUAAAGAAAGCACUAAGGAUGAUGGGAGCUCCAAAUCUGAUAUCAGAUAAUUUAGAUUGUGGACUUAGUUACAGUGUUAUCUCUUACCUUAAAAAACUCAGCCAACAGACCAAACUAGAGUCAGAACGGAUACUAGCGUCCGUGGGGAAGAAACCUCCCCAGGAAAUUGGAAUCAAAGUGAAAAAUCAUUCUGGAGGUGGCGUGUCCUUUACCCACAGUAAAAAUUUUAGAAAACUAUUGAAAGAAAUCAUAGGGGAAAGUGCACCAAGACUAACAGAAUUGAAUACCAAAGAAUUUGCUGGCUUCCAAGUAGGGCUCUUAAACAAGGAUUUGAAACCUCAGACAUAUAGAAAUGCUUAUGAUAUUCCACGUAGAGGUCUUUUAGACCAGUUAACCAGAAUGAGAUCCAAUCUGCUGAAAACACACAAGUUUAUUGUUGGACAAGAUGAAGAUUCCCUUCAUAGUGUUCCAGUCGCACAAAUGGGUAACUAUCAGGAAUAUCUAAAGACACUGGCUUCUCCGCUUCGAGAGAUUGAUCCAGAUCAACCAAAAAGACUACAUACUUUUGGCAAUCCAUUCAAACAAGAUAAGAAGGGAAUGAUGAUUGAUGAAGCAGAUGAAUUCGUGGCAGGGCCACAGAACAAAGUGAAGCGCCCCGGAGAACCCAACAGUCCUCUGUCAUCUAAGAGAAGGCGGAGUAUGUCCCUGCUGUUGGCGAAACCACAAACACCACCCACUGUAACUAACCAUGUGGGCGGAAAGGGACCACCCUCAGCCUCGUGGUUCCCAUCUUAUCCAAACCUCAUAAAACCCACCCUUGUACAUACAGAUGUCACUGUCAUUCCUGAUGUCCAUGAGGAGAAGAGGGAAAAUGGUCAGAUCCCACCCGAUGGCUUCUUGUCAAAAUCUGCUCCCCCAGAGCUUAUGAAUAUGGCAGGAGAUGGUAUUCCACACCACCACCAGUUGGAUUCUCUAUCUGACGACUUCACUAGUCUAAGGAAAGAUGGCCUGAUUCACAAACCUGGUACGCAUGCACUUCUAGGAGGAAGCAAACACUGCAGUGUCUCUGUAGAUGAUCGAAAAGCCUCAGUGACACCCACUUUGGGAACUGUACCAAACACCUUGCAAAUAACUCCUGCUAUGGCGCAAGGAAUCAAUGCUGAUAUAAAACAUCAGUUAAUGAAGGAAGUUCGAAAAUUUGGACGAAGGUACGAAAGGAUUUUCAUUCUGCUUGAAGAAGUGCAAGGGUCUCUUGCAGUCAAGAAACAAUUUGUCGAGUUUACCAUCAAGGAAGCUGCAAGGUUUAAAAGACGAGUCUUAAUCCAGUACCUUGAGAAGGUACUAGAAAAGAUAGACUCCCACCACCACCUCAACAACGUUAAUCACAUCAACAGAAGGUCAUCAUGUUAAUGCAAAGACCAAGGAGAAAAAAGGGCAAGUUUUCUAUGCUGUACGAUGGAAGAUGAUAUUGUCAAAGCUUCCUAGAAUGUUUUAGGCAAAGGAAUUGCCUUCCCGAAGCUAAGAAAAAGCCAUGGAGCUUUUUUUUUUUUUUUUUUUUUUUUUUUUUUAUGGUUCUCUGGAAGUAAAAGCUGGCUAAGGGUUUUUCUGGAAGUAUUAAUUUGUUGUUUUGUUGUUUUUUUCCCAGUUGAGGAAGGUGAUAUUAUUAAUUCAGCAGGUCAACUUCAGUAAGCACUGUCACCCCUUCUAAUCUUUAUUUGUUUUUGAGAGAGAGACAGAAUGUGAGCAGGGGAGGGGCAGAGAGAGACGGAGACACAUAAUCCGAAGCAGGCUCCAGGCUCCGAGCCGUCGGCACAGAGCCCGACGCGGGGCUCGAAGUCACGAACCGCGAGAUCGUGACCUGAGCCGAAGUUGGACGCUCAACCGACUGAGCCACCCAGGCGCCCCACUGUCGCCCCUUCUAGAUGUGACAAGGGUUUCCUCAUAUGAACUUUGCUGUUCUGGGCAUUUCCAGAGUGACUAAGAGCCACCUGUAACGUGGAGCACUGCCUGGUGGUCAUCUUGUGUGUGCCGAACAGAGUUUUCAACAAUUCCUAGUUGUGCCUUUUAAACCAUGCAAUAUUCAGGACAGUUUGAAACAAAGAGUAAGAAAGCUGCUAUUCGGGUAACUUAUUUCUCUGUGGGAGGGGGCAGGGUGAGUCACAAAUGAUCUACCUCCAACUCUCUUCUAUUUUGUCUAGAGACAUUACAAAGUGCACCUGAGGCUACCCCAACCCUGACAUUUGUUCUUGCGUGUGAUGACCGAAAGUCUUCAGGCAGACUUGUAUGUUCUGUGCUUUGGGAGCACUAAAAGAAAAAAAAAUAAUGUAUAUAUUUCCUUUAAGGUUUAUACAAAGGUUUAUAUGGAGCAGUAUUGUUUUGUCUGGAUUAAUUUGCAGAAAUUUAAGUGUACAAAGAGAUUUUGAGUUUGCAUAUAUAAAAUAAAUCAUUUUAUUGAUUUUCACAA